GUAACGAGGAACUUAGUUCUUAGAUCCAUAGAAUGAAACAGCCCCUCCUUUGGGCAACUGUAGAGGCUCUGAAAUGACCGACUGGGUGCAAGAUUUCUUCUAUAGGAAAAUAUAAAGAACUCUGUAGUCUGUGUGUAGAUAAUGAAGCCCUUUGGGAGCUUUCUUUGUUUUCUCUUGGGCCUCCAGCCAAGUCCAUUACUUCUGUUCUUAAGUAAGAAACAUUCCUCGGAGCUCCGAAAUUCCCCACGAAUGAGAUCGCGUAUUUAUAUCGUCGAGCUGCAGAUUAAGGGGCCCAGCAGAGCUUCUCUGCGAAGCUCCAAGAUCCUUAGCAGAGAAGAAAGUGACAUUCUGCUACAUAUUAGAACUGGUACGGGGCUUUUCUCCUUGUAAGCAAAGCCUACCAUUACGAUAACAGCUAGUUUCAUCCGUUUAUGAUUGGGUAGUCACACUGGCUGCUGGGAGCAGGUGCGCUGAGUGGCUUGUGGGAAGAUGCAGAUGAGCUUGGAAAUUUGAGGUUCAGUUGACGAGCUCUCAAGGACCAGAGAAGCGGGCUGCUACCCCAACAAGCAAAGAGCAC